UGGACACGUACACAUAUAUGUUAUCUGUAUGCAACAUAUCUCAAUGUACAUGUACACAUUAAAUUUAAAUUUAAGCUGCAGUGUAAGUCAAACAAGAGGUACAUAUAAUUGGAUAGUUUAUAACACUAGGUAUGUUUGAAUGGGUGUGGGACGAAGAUCUUUGGUUCCCGGUAAAUUCUACUGGGCCAAGAUACGGAUGGAAGGACUUGCAGAAUCACCCAGGCUCGGGUAUAUACCAUCCACAAGUUCGUGAUUUACACUGGUCAUUUAUACUUGGCAUUGCCCUUCUUGGAAUAAGAUAUAUAAAUAAAAAACUUUUUAUUGAACCUUUGGGGUAUCACCUUGGCGUAUCAAGGCGUAAACCACGCCCACUUACAGAAAACGCCGUGCUAGAAACGGCAUAUAAACAAAAUAAAACGAUAGGUCCUGAUCUGAUAAAAAACCUUUCAAAGCAGACGGACAUGUCAACGAGGAAGAUAGAUAUAUGGUUUCGUAUCAGAAAACAAAAAGAUACGCCAUCUCCCAUGAAGAAGUUUGAAGACAGCUGUUGGCAUUUCAUAUUUUACAGUACAGCUUUCCUAUAUGGACUAUAUGUUUUGUGGGACAAGCCUUGGUUUUGGUCAACUAAAGAAUGCUGGUUAACAUGGCCUAAGUCACAUGUAUCAAAUGAUGUAUUUUGGUAUUAUACUUUUGAGAUGGCGUUUUACUGGUGCCUUAUUCUCACGUUAAUGAAGGAUCAUAGGAGAAAA